CUCAACAAUACUGGAGUCUCUUAAUUGGGAAAAUUAAAUGGAUAAUUUGGUUAAGCAAAGAAGAAGAAGGGUCUCAAUCUCUGAGAACAUAAAAACGGAUUUGCCAAUGCUAUCAGAAUUGGACAUAACAGAUUACCCAGCAUUAAACUGGCUGAAAAACCAAUCAUAUUGGUACGAGAAAAAUGACUACUACAACGAGAAAGAGAGUGAAUUGGCAGUUUCUGUUGCGGUUGCUGCAUUCGUCAUUAGAUCAAUGGAAGAAGCCGAUAAACAAAAAUCGAAAAGAAUAAGAGAAGAAAUCAAGAGGUCAAGGACCAAAAAAUCCAAUCUGGUUAUACCUAAUACCCAAGUAAAGAGGUUAAGCAAAUCAUAUACACAAGAGGUGAAAAUUGGAGAGGAGAGUUUCAGAAAAAAAUUGUUGGAGUAUCCAUCAGAAAACCGUCGGCCACAAGAGAUUGGCUCAUCCUCCGGAACAUCAGGACUUGCUUCAGCGUCAAGUAAAGCAGAUUCUUGGGAAAAAUCUCAAAUCAAGAAAAUAAGAUUAAGGUAUGAGAAAAUGAAAGCUGAUAUUGUGGGUUGGGAGAAUGAGAGAAAAUUAGCAGCUACACUGUUAAUGGAGAAAAGAAAGGUUAUUUCAUUAUCUAGUGAAUAAACAUUUUUUUUUAAUGCAUAUAAUUCAGACGACUAGCUAAUAUAUUAUUUUGUUUUAUAAAGAGUGAAUUGGAGAAGAGAAAAGGGAUUAAUAAUCAGCAUUAUAAGUCAAAAUUAGCAAGGAUUCAACUAAUAGCUGAUGGAGCCAAGAAACAGCUUGAGGAGAAGAGAAGGAGCAAAGAAGCUCAAGUUCAUGGAAAAGUAAAGAAAAUGAGUCGAACAGGGAAAGUUCCUAAUAAUUAUUUCUGCUUUCGGUGUUACUAAAAUCAAAAUUACUUAUAUCAAUGAAACUAUAUUUGUAUGUGUUAAACUCAAAUCAUAAAUAAAG